AUGGAUUUUGCCCAUUUUCUCAGGCUAUGUGGAGCGACAAUCGGAAUGGCUUGUUUGGCGAUCGAGGUUUGCUUUCUAUGAAUUUCCAUGAUACAAUUUUUUUCGUUUCAGAUGGGGGUCAGUGUAUUCUAUCACUCAAAUCUUCUUCAAAUGACUAUCGCAACGUCCAUCAUCAAUGUUAUAACCGCUUUCGAGAAGAUUCUGCUGCCCAAAAGGCCUGCUGUGGGAAUGCUUAUCAGGUUUGUUUUUCUGAAUUUGAUAAUACUUCUUGGAGAUUCGAAAACUUAUUUUCGUUCAAUCAAAUUUUUUCAGAGUUGCUUCCUUGGUUGCUGUGAACGCCAUGCUUUUCAUUAAUUUGACGCACUGUUUCGAAGAUCUUUCCGAUUUUGUCAUCAACCGAACUUCUCUGAGUCACCAUCACGAUGAUGAACACGGCAGUAUCGAUUGUUGGUUUUUUUUUCCAUGAACUUUCAAAAUUCAGAAAGAAGUUUCUUUGUCCUAAAUAAGAUCAUUAUUUAAUUUUGCUUCAAGGCAUUUUUUUUUCUGAAUAGUUUUUUUGCUUAAAAAACCGUACAAGGGAUGUAAGAAAUAAAAAAAGACAUUUUCUGGAAAAAAAAACGCUUGUUUCAAAGUUUUUUUGCAAAUCAAGUUUCAUCAAAUGUUCAAUGAUUCUACACAAAAAUGAUACGCAACAAGGAAAAUACAAGAAAAAAACAUUUUAAAACUUCUUUUGAUAUCGGAAAUAAAAAAACUAAAGAGUAAUCGCCUGAAUAAAUCAAAAAAAAUAAAUUUUCAAGCCACUAAUUUCAGUAACUCUUCUAGCUACGGCGGUAUUAGAUAUCAUCGGUAAAGGUGUGGUUUUGAUGUCCUUAGUGAGCCCCAAUCCAUUUUUCAACGCCUGGAAGAGAAUCUUUGUCCUUUUCUCCGCUGCUUCGUGCAUGAUUGGUAAGGCUACUGUGUUGGGAAAGCCCUGAUGUUGACUUUCAGCUAUUUUCUCCCUUUACCAUUUCAAGUUGGCCAAUCACCACAGUUGGGUUUGGUCGCAUUGCGAAUCUUUGACUACUGUUGUGCUCACCGCGGCGCAAUACCUCAUUAUCCUGACCUCGCGUUAGUUUUGAAAAUCUUUUUGUUAGUUCAAAUUAAAAAUUGUCAGUUUGGCGUUACAAACCCUAUUUGCUUGCCGACGCGCCUCCAAAAGAGCAAUGCGACUUCAAGGAGUUCGUGGAAACCGUCAAGUCGCAGGUAGUAAAACCGCAAUGAGAAUUUAAAACAAGCCAAAUUUUUCUAAACAUCAGCAAUAAUAUAUCCCAGCCGUCAUAAUUGUUCAUAUUUUGACAAUAAUGCUCUGAUAAUUUUCCGAGAAACAGUUAUUUAAUUGAAUUGGUGGACUUUGUUUUUUUUUGUGAUUUUUCAAGCUUCAAGUUUGGGUGAAUGAAGAAAAUAGUGACUCCAUUGAUCGACAAGCCCAUUCAUUUUAGAACCCAUCGGUUGACAAAAUCUCUCACAUUCACGCUCAUCGUGUCUGGCCUGACAAAAGCUUCCACGUCACGAUGAGACUUCACUUCAAGGUUCAUUUGAUUUUUCUGAUUUCAGUCAUCAAAAUACUUUCAGGUUGAUAAGUCGGACGUGAAAUGGGUGACCACUUCGGCCGAGUGCUACGCCAACACGAAGAAGGCUGUACAGGCGUAUCUUUCAAACGCGGGCGCUACUAAGGUAAUCAUUUAACUUACGGAAGAAAGCUUUGGAAGAAUAAGAAACAUUUAUUUGCAAGGAAGUUUUUGUAGAGGAUUUUUUUUUUCAUUCUGAAAAAGAUUUAUCGGAUACUUAUAGAAAAGCUAGAAAAAAAGUCUUCACACUAGGCUGAUAACAUUUCGAAGCUACACAUCAAGUUUUCACUAGUUUAAUGUCAACAAAGAUUAUUACUCGUUGCAAUCCCGGGCCAUGUGGUGAACUGCAAAUUUGAAAAUGUCUACAAGUGUGAAAGCUCAUGCAGUAAGGAUUCUAAAAAAUCUUUUUUCGAACUUUUUCUAUUUAUUCUCAAAAAUGAUGAAAAUCUAAAAUUCCCUAUGCGAUCUAUGAAAGUGAAGUGAUUUUCUACAAUUUUAUCACUUUCAGAUGACCCUUGAGCCGGUUUUCGAAGACAUCGACGAGAAUCUGAAAGACGACUCGUUCUGCAUCGAAAAAAGGUGUCACUCCAAAGACGUUGGAUGCUGCACUCUCAUUGAAUAA